AUGGUGAGCUUACGAAGGCGCAGGCUAUUGGGGCUUUGUUGUGGACCAAAUGGUUAUGUGACACCGCUUCCUUUUCUAACGGCUGAGGAGAUGAUCACCGGGAUUCCAAAUCCUAACGGUGGAGCUGCUUAUAAUCCCGGACCAGCAGAAACAGUUAAGCCGCCUCAAGAGAAGGAGGAAACGCCUAUCGAAGAGGGGUCGCGCUCCCAGAGACAAAGAACUCGGUCAAAACAUACGCAUUUCAGGUCUGAUUUCUCAGAUAUCUCACCAGUUGAUUCGGGUUCCAUCUCACCAAAAUGGAAGCAAAACAUAGACCAGCCGCUAAAACGAAGAAAGCGGCAUAAAAGAAAGCAAGGACAAAACCAAGAACCAUGUUUGAUGAGAGGAGUCUACUACAAGAACAUGAAAUGGCAAGCAGCCAUUAAAGUCGAGAAGAGACAGAUUCACUUGGGAACUUUCUCUUCUCAAGAAGAGGCUGCUCGUUUAUACGACAGGGCUGCUUUCAUGUGUGGAAGAGAACCAAACUUUGAGCUCCCGGAGGAAGAUAAACAAGAACUCAAACGACAAAGCUGGGAAGAGUUUUUGGCUUGCACACGCCAAACAAUUACUAACAAAAAACCGAAGAGAAGGAUAGAGUACGAGGAACUCAAUGGGAGACGUGUAACUGAGAGGAUAAGAUUAACUGGAGGAGGAGCUGGAUUACUGUCGAAACAUAGGAAAGCUCGUCCCAAUAUACCCGUUACUUACGCUACUAAUUUCGCCAUCGUUGCUGGUUGCUAUUGCGGGAUUCGUGAAUUGGUCAGAGUAACUAGAAAAUCAGAACACGAUGAUUUAAUGAAUUCAGCCAUUGGUGGUCUUUUCAGCGGUGCUUUAUUAGGACGGCUUCAAGGGGGACCCCGUGGUGCAUUUCGCUACUCUAUAAUUUUUGCCACUUUGGGCACAGCAUUUGAUUAUGCUAGCCUUAGAGCAAAACCUCUGAUAGAGAGAGCGCGUAACAUUGAUUCAGUCAAGUUACCAGUGUGGUUUCCCAUACAAAUCCUCGACGAAGAAGCCCUUACGAAAAAGAAAGCCCAGGAACAGAAACUCUUCGCUGAAACCGCCAUCCCUAGAUUGAACAAAGAAGAAUCUUGA